AUUACUUUUGAUACGCUUUUAUCAAAUCAAAGUCUUUGCAUGUUCACCUUUAGACUUCGCUACCAUUUCUCUUGCGCAGCAAUCUUGACUGUUCACGCGCCACAGUUUUGGUUUAGUUUCGUUUCGGUUGUUUUUGUAACCAAUUCGUUAAUAAAUAUUGCACGAUAUCUUAACUAAUUUAGUAUUAUAAUUAUAAUGGCGUGGGUUUUAGAUUGAUUUCUGUUUAAAAUUUUACGUCAGAAAAAUAAAAAUAAUUAGAAAAUUGUACUUUAUUCUUUAAAGAAAGUUUUAAUAAUGAGUCCACCAGAAAAUAAGCCUCAAGGCACAGUCCAAGAAUACAGUAUUCGUGUUCCUAAAAAUUCGAAGAAAAGACAUAAUGUUAUGCGAUUUAAUGCAACUUUACAAGUUGAUUUCGCAAAAUGGACCCAAGUUAAAAUGGAGCGUGAAAAUAAUGCUAGAGAUUUUAGAGGAAUGGAUGAAGAAAUGCCCAAAUUUGGAGCUGGAUCAGAGUUUGGUCGAGAUGCUCGAGAAGAGGCAAGAAGGAAGAAGUAUGGAAUAACAAGUCGAAAGUAUAAACCAGACGAUCAACCAUGGAUAUUGAAAGCUGGUGGAAGGAAUGGAAAAAAAUUUAAAGGAAUCAGAGAAGGAGGAGUUGGUGCAAAUGCAUCAUACUAUGUGUUUACUCAUGCUACUGAUGGAGCUAUUGAUGCAUUUCCACUCCACGAAUGGUAUAAUUUUCAACCUAUUCAAAGAUAUAAACCAUUAAGUGCUGAAGAAGCUGAGCAAGAAUUCAGUCGUCGAAAUAGAGUUAUGAAUUAUUUUUCUCUGAUGGUAAGAAAACGUUUGAAAAAUGAUGAAGAAGGUGGUGAAGAUGAAGCUGAGUUGAGUGAAGGUGCUAAAGGAAAGAAAUCUACAAAAGACAAGGAUUUCAAAAUAUCAGAAAUGGAUGAAUGGAUGGAUAGCGCAGAUGAUGAUAAUGAUUCUGAAUCUGGUAGCGAUAAAGAGAAAAAGAAGAGUAAAGAAAACUCUGAUGAUGAGGCAGAUUCAGCUAAAAACAAAAAGAAAGGCGAAGCAGGAAAAAAGAAAAAGAAGCGUGCAUCUGAUGAUGAAGCUUUCGAAGAAAGUGAUGAUGGUGAUGAGGAAGGUAGAGAAUGUGAAUAUAUAUCAGACUCGUCAGAAUCAGAGUCUGAAUUUGAUCAAUACAAACAAGUGAAAUCAGUAGCAGAAGAAGAUGGUUUGAGAAAGUUAUUAACUUCUGACGAAGAAGAUGAAGACGAACAAAAUGAAAAGAAAGAAGGUGAAGAUGAUGAUGAUGACGAUGAUGAAAAUAAAGAUAAAGAUGACAAAGAGAAAGGAGGCAAGGAUCAAGAUAAAAAGAAAGAUAAAAAGAAAAAGAAAAAACAACCAAAGAAAAAAGAAGUCAAAAAGUCUAAUGGCAAAGAAUCAUCUAGUGAUUUAUCAAGUGAUUCAGAUUCUGACUCUGAUGCACCAAAGGAUAAAGAUACUAAAGAAAUGAAAAAAUCUAAUAGUGCACACAAUUCAAGAUCACCAACUCCAAAUACCGGAGAGUCUGCAAAGAGAAAACAAACUAGUUCACCAGAUAUUUCACAAGCAAAGAAACUUAAACUGGACAACUUUAAUUUAGCACCAUCUACCUCUUAUAUACCAGGAUCUAGUGAAUCGGGCAUAACUGAAGAAGCAGUUCGGCGAUAUUUGAUGCGCAAACCAAUGACAACCACCGAGUUAUUGCAGAAAUUCAAAUCUAAAAAGACUGGCCUCACUUCUGAGCAAUUAGUGAAUGUGAUGACUCAAAUUCUCAAAAAAAUUAAUCCUACUAAACAAACAAUUAAAAAUAAAAUGUAUCUUUCUAUUAAAGCUCAACCUCAUUAAUGAGCCACUAUAUUCAUAAUCAUGUUAAAAGUUAAGCUGAUACUAAUUGUAUUA